CCUCCCAGUGCUCCCAGUCAGAGCGGUGCCGGGAGGGAAAGCGCUCCCAGUUCCCUCCCAGUGCUCCCAGUCAGAGCGGUGCCGGGAGGGAAAGCGCUCCCAGUUCCCUCCCAGUGCUCCCAGUCAGAGCGGUGCCGGGAGGGAAAGCGCUCCCAGUUCCUUCCCGGUGCUCUCAGGAUCGCUCCCAGCGCCGCACGGGCCGGGGCCGCUUUGGGAACCCCCUCAGGACAGAGCGCGGCCGCUUUUGGGUGUCGGCACCGCCCGGGCCGGGCUGGGAGCGGAGGAGGAGCGGGAGGAAGAGGAGGGACAGAGAAGGAGGAAGAGGAGGAGCUGCGGGAGGAAAAGCAGCAGCACCUGGAGAAUCGCGCUAUUGUUCGCAGCUGCCCCGGCUCCCGCUGCAUCGCCCUCCUCGGAGCCCGCAGGAUUUCCUAUUCCCAAACCUUGGCCCAAUUGAGAAGGAGGAGGCUGCGAGGAGGAGGAAGAUGGCCCGGGAGCCCCAGGCAGACAAGGAGCUGAGGAUGGAGACCAAUGAGGACAAAUCCCCACAGCAGAACCUCAUGGAAGAGGCCAUUUUGGGUGGCUCCAUGGCACAGGACUCCAAUGGAGAGGAAAAGCCCCAGAGAUCUUGCAUGAGGAGAGGCUGCAAACACAGAUCACAGGGAUCCGAGGAGGAAAAACCCACCCUGGGCCAGGGAGGCGGCCAGAGCUCAGAGCUGGGGGUCCAUGAGAAGGUUCACAGUAAGAAGAAGCCCAAGUGCUCGGAAUGUGGGAAGAGCUUCAGGUGGAAAUCCGAACUGAUCAUGCACUGGAGAAUCCACACAGGGGAACGGCCCUAUGAGUGUGGGGAGUGUGGGAAGAGCUUCAUCUUGAAGUCCGAACUGACCAGACACAAGAGGACCCACACAGGAGAACGGCCCUAUGAGUGUCCUGAGUGUGGGAAGAGCUUCUAUGAGCGUGCCAGACUGGUCAUACACCAGAGGAGCCACACGGGCGAGAAGCCCUACAAGUGUGGGGAGUGUGGGAAGAGCUUCAGGACAAGCUCUCAAGUGAUCAGACACAAGAAGAUCCACACAGGAGAACGACCCUACAAGUGUCCCGAGUGUGAGAAGAGCUUCUACGAGCGUGCUGACCUGGUCAUACACCAGAGGAGCCACACUGGGGAGAGGCCCUACAAGUGCGGGAAUUGUGGGAAGAGCUUCAGCCAUAGGUCCAGCCUGAGCUGCCACAUGGUAAUCCACUCGGGGGCGAGGCCCUAUGAGUGUGGGCAGUGUGGGAAGAGCUUCAGGAGGAGCUACGAACUGACCAGACACCAGCGGAGCAGCACAGGGAAACAGCCCUACAAGUGUCCCGAGUGUGGGAAGAGCUUCUGUGAGCGUGCUGACCUGGUCAGACACCAGAGGACCCACAUCGGGGAAGGGCCCUAUGAGUGUCCUGAGUGUGGGAAGAGCUUCUGCAAGCAUGCUGACCUGGUCGGACACCAGAAGACCCACAGGGGGGAGAGGCCCUACGAGUGUGAUAAAUGCAGGAAGAGGUUUAUGAAGAGCACCAUUCUCCUCAGGCAUCAGCUCAUUCACUCAGAUGAGAGGCCCUUCCGCUGCCCCUACUGCGGGAAGGGCUUCAAGCGCAGCUGCACCCUCACCAUCCACCGGAGGAGCCACACGGGGGAGAGGCCCUACGAGUGCGAUAAAUGCAGGAAGAGGUUUCUGACCAGCUCCAGUCUCCUCCUGCACCAACGGAUUCACACGGAUGAGAGGCCCUUCCGCUGCCCUGAUUGUAGGAAGGGCUUCCAGCGCAACUGCACCCUCCUCAGGCACCAGCGCAUCCACACUGGGGAGAGGCCCUACAAGUGUCCUGAGUGUGGGAAGAGCUUCUCACAGAGUGGUAACUUGACCAAACACCGACAGAGCCACCAGUAAGGGAAGCUCUGUGAGUGCCCCGAAUGCAGGAAGAGCUUUGUGCACUGCUCCAAGUCCAUCCCCCAUGGGAAGAUCUGCUCUGAAUGAUCCCCAGUGUGUCCUGGUGGGCAGAGCCCUUGUGAUCCGUGGUGCCAGUGAUCUGUGUUUGGAAAACACCUGCCUGGGGGCCCCAAAUCCUCCUGGCUCCCCAUGGGCACCUGCACACAUCCACAGGCCAACAUCAGAAAUCCCUUGUGGAGAGCUGAUUUGUUUACUUCUGACCCCAGAAAGAUGUCACUUUUUGCUUCUUCUGGUGGCAUCAAGCAACACUGGAUGGCUUUGAAGGUCUUCUCCAACAUAAAUCCAUUGUUUUAAUUCUCUCUGGCCCUUGGGGAUCUUCUGCAGCUAAAUGGGGACAGACUGGGGCAGACCCCUGAUUUUGGAGACAGUUGUCCUGGUUCAAGGCAAAUCUGGGAGAGAACCCCGAAAGGGGUUCCUCUAGGAAGCAGAUUCAAUCAGCCCCUCCCCCCAAUCGGUUUGGGAUAAAUACCUCCUCGGAGAAAAGUGGAAAAGAACUGUUUAUUACACAAGCAAACCUAAACAAUAUUAAACAAUAAAACAACUUCUUGCCACUCCAAGAGAGAGAGACAAACUCGGAAAAAUCCCCUGGGUUGCAGCUUGGCUCACUCAGUCUCUGAUCAGUCCCUCCAGUGCUGGAAAUGCCGCAGCCCAGGCCCGGCCCGCUCAGCCACAGGUGCGAUCUGCUGCUGCUCUUCUGGUGCUCAGUCCAGAGCAGGUUUGAGCAGGUCCAAAGGAAGGGAAAAAAAAGCCACAGUCCAGGGAACUUCUUUGCCUCAGCUAGCUAAAACUAACUAAAAGCAAAGGAGAGCUCUGUCCUGCUGUCUGUCCACAGACAACAAAGGCCAGGAGCAGGAAUGUGGAGGAGGGAGUGCAGUUCUUGAAAACAAGCUCUGCACUUCCUCUCCGCCCCUUUACUCUUGGAACAAGUCUUAAAGGUGCAAAACUUAUUAUUCAGCAUAAACAGAACAGACAACUGGGGAUAAAAGCAUCAUACAGUCAACCCAGGACAACGGUGAUGUGGAAACCCCUCCAGAAAAGGUUCUUCCCACCCACCCAAGCACGUGGAUGCUCUGCUGGCAGGGACAGGUAAAUCCUUUUGUUUUGGCCUUGAGACGAAAAGGUUUCUGUUGAUCCCUUUGAGACAUGUUAGGGUUAGGGUUAGGAAUUAACUUGGGUCAGAAAUCCAUUUCAGAUUUUGGUGAAGUGUGCUGCCUUGAAUUGUUUAGUCUGUAGAGUCUGUUAAUUUGCUGUGCUGUAGCUUGCAAAACUGCUUCAAACAAGAUGAAAGGAAUGUGAACUUCCAAGCUAGAGGAAGAUAAGAGGGGCCCCUUGGACCUUGAAACAAGAAGGAAACCAGAACUGAGGCUGCAGGAGAGGGAUGGACAACCAGAGAACUAAUUGUAAUGCAAAACUAGUAAAUGAAUAUGCAUUAACCUAUUUCAAAACUUAAUGCAUGUGCAACAAGUUGGGGGACAAAGGGGGUGUCUGGACUCUUGGGGCGUGCACAUGCCUUUGGAAAUUAUUCCGCUUGUGCCUGGCGUUGUAAUAAACAUACCACUUUUUAACUUUAA